AUGGACGUGCACAAUGCAUUUCUUCAUGGUGACCUCCAUGAAGAAGUCUACAUGCUUCCACCGCCCGGUUAUCAAAGACAGGGGGAGCACACUGUGUGUCGUCUUCACAAAUCCUUAUAUGGUCUUAAACAGGCGUCUCGGAGCUGGUUUCGUAAGUUUUCCUCUGCUAUACAAAACAUUGGCUUUUCUCAAUCUAGAGCAGAUUAUUCUAUGUUUACACAAAAACAUGGUACAUCCUUCACUGUUAUACUGUUAUAUAUUGAUGAUAUGAUAAUCACUGGAAAUGAUGAUGAUGCCAUACGAGACCUUAAACACUUUCUUGGCACUUGUUUCAAAAUCAAAGACCUUAGACCUUUAAAGUAUUUUCUUGGAGUUGAAAUUGCACGGUCCAAGUCUGGGAUUUCUUUUUGUCAACGGAAGUAUACACUAGAUAUUUUGGAAGAUGCAGGUUUACUUGGUGCUAAGCCUACAAAAAUUCCUAUGGAAGCCAAUGUUGCACUCAUGCCUACAGGGAGUAACCCUCUUAAGGAUCCUACUCGCUAUCGCAGACUUGUUGGCAGGCUAAUAUAUCUUACAAUAACAAGACCAGAAAUCACAUAUGCGGUGAAUGCACUAAGUCAGUUUAUGCAUGAACCCCGAAUGCAUCAUUUUGAGACUGCACGUCGGCUCCUUCACUACCUCAAAGGAGCUCCUGGCCAAGGGUUGUUAUUCCCUUCACACGGGCACCUCCACUUGACAGCUUACUGUGAUGCAGAUUGGGCACGAUGUCCUUUUACAAGGCGCUCAGUUACUGGAUACUGUAUCUUCCUUGGCAAGUCACUCAUAUCAUGGCAAAGCAAGAAGCAAGUCACUGUCUCAAGGUCAUCUGCAGAAGCUGAGUACCGCUCUAUGGCAGCCACCACUUGUGAACUCACUUGGUUGCGAUAUCUCUUACGAGACUUACAAGUGGAACACAACCAACCAGCCACCUUACUCUGUGACAACAAAGCAGCACUCUACAUUGCAGCCAACCCAGUGUAUCAUGAACGGACCAAGCACAUUGAAUUGGAUUGCCAUACCGUUCGUGAGAGAAUUCAAAAUGGGGAAAUCAAGAUAGUUCAUGUGCAAACCAAACACCAACUUGAGGGGGAGUGUUAA